AUGGCAGGCCUUGUCGACUUCACCCAGCCAACGCUGUACCUCUCAGCCGCUACAAUCCUCUUCAACCCAACUUUCUGGAACUUCGUAGCGAGGACGGAGUAUCACAACAAGACUCUGACGAAGCUCGCGGGCGGCAAUGCUCUCUACGGCUGUUACGGCCUGGCUGUCACCAUCUUCCUCCUAGGCCUCAUCCGCGAUGCCGUAUACGAGCGAGCUCUCCGCCAGCAACCUAGUCAUCCUGCAAUGCUAGGUUUCGUCCCUCAAGCUCUAGCCGUGGGCUUAGUUGCGAGCGGGAACGUGCUGGUGUUGAGUAGUAUGUGGGCUCUUGGUAUCACGGGCACGUAUCUGGGAGACUACUUUGGUAUUCUCAUGGAUGAGAUGGUCACGGGGUUCCCAUUCAAUGUCACCGAUGCACCGAUGUAUUGGGGUAGUACGCUGAGCUUUCUGGGUACGGCGUUGUGGUAUGGCAAACCGGCUGGUGUGCUGUUGACUGUGCUGGUUUACACGGCUUAUAGGAUCGCACUUACAUUCGAGGAUCCAUUUACGGCGGAGAUUUAUGCGAAGAGGGAGAGGGAGAGGAGGGAUGCGCCCAAGAAGAAGGCGUAG